AUGGCCCCCCGCCGCUGCGCGCUGCCGCCCCUCUCCCUCCCUGACCCCCAGCGCCGCAGCACCUCCCAUCCCCUUCUCCUUCCCAACCCAGCGGACGGCCAGAGGAGGAGGAGGAGGAGCUGUCUUCUCCCACCCUCCCCUGCAGCAGUGAGCCCUCUACAACGGAGACGGCGCCAUCUCGCCGUGCACGCCCCCAAUUUGGACGGUGGAGCAGAAGCCCGCGCCCCUCCUCCCCACCACGGCACAUCCUCUCCAGGUCGCCAGAUCCGGCUUAUAUCCCUGCCGGCCGUGGUACCACUGGAGAGUGAUUUAGUGCUGACACUCUUGGUUCUAUGGAUUGAAAUAGUCCAGUAUACAGAUAGCUUAUAUGCAAGGAAGGCGCUCCAACUCAGCCAGCUCCAGCGACGGACCAUUUGGCAACGAAUCUUCUCCUUCGUAUCCAACUCUAGAGCCAACAACAACAACACCAGCAAUGGGAACAAUACUGCUGUCAUGCAGCCGGCGGCUAACAGCGGUGGAUCAUCAAGAACAGGGAGUCCAUGGCAUGGUUGCGGGCGCAAAAGCAGGCUUACUCGAACCAGUUGGAUAUGGAAUUGGCCCAGCUGCGCAGGGAGAACCAGAUGCUCAUCCAGCGGCACAGGGAUCUCAUAAACGUAAGUAUGCACAUUUAAUUGACUGAUGAGUUCCUCAGCCUUACUCUAUGCCAAUAUUUCACUUAGGAAAUAUGUUAAAUUUCUACUCAAAUGAAUAGACAUUUUGGAUGGUUAUGUCUAACCAGCUGGUAUGACUAGGAAAAUAACUCAUAUUAUUUUGUGUAGCUGCACCUCUAAAUUACAAACCUCUUUUUUGUAACCACUCUGUAAUUGCCUUUAAAUAAAUUUAUUGGUAUUAUACUGUUAUCAAUGUUACACAAUUGCAUGGCCUGUAUUUUAUGUCCAUUUUAAUCGUUCUAGGAAAUAUAUGUGAUCCUUUUUGGUCAAAAAAUAUAUGUGAUCCUUGCAUAGAAACCAAUAUUAGGUUUUGUGGGUCUCAAUUUCUCGAGAUUACAAGGAGCAUCGCAAUUAAAUGGUAGGAGUUUUGCAGCAUAGUUGUUGAUUUCGACUAUGUCUUUGCCAGAUUAAAUCCAUUUUCCU